AUGCGCCUGAACGAGAAACUUCUUGCCGUGGAAUUGCACAUACAUCUGGAUGGGGCAGUCCGGAAUGAAACACUCUACGAGUUGGCUACAAAACGAAACAUUAACUUACCCCAUAAAAGACGAGAGGACUUUUUCCAAUAUCUGGUUCCUACUCAACCAUACACGCUUGCUAAUUUUCUACAACCAUUCAAGCUAGUAGUACAAACAUUAGCAGGUGAUAAAGAAGCCAUCAUUCGAGUGACCCAAGAAUGUGUGGAAGAUUGUGCAACUAAAGCCGGCCUGUGUUAUGUGGAGCUUCGAUUUGCACCUCACCUACUCAUCGGUCCUAAUUUGGACGCGGAUGCCGUAACCCGGGCCGUACUGGAAGCAAUAGAACAAAGCAAACAUAAGUACGGUCUGGAAGUACGUCUGUUACUAUGCAUUCUACGUCACAAACCGGAAACCGCAGAGGAAGUGCUAGAAUUGGCCAUAAAAUACCGGAAACAUGGAGUAGUCGGGAUAGAUGUGUCCGGUGAUGAUGCAACCUGGCCGGAUUACGGAUUAUCUCCCAGAAUUAUUGACGUAUUUAAGGAAGCUUAUAGACAACAGAUUCAUCGAACUGUGCAUGCCGGUGAGAACAGUCCGGCUGAAGCAGUGAUGGAAGCGGUGUGCAGUUUGCACGCGGAACGAAUCGGGCAUGGAUAUAGUGUUUUGCAAGAACCUACUAUAUACGAAAGCGUUCGAGCAACAGGGGUACACUUCGAAGUUUGCCCUACCUCAAGUGUUAUGACAGGAGGAGUGAAUCUGGAAAAGAUCAAAACACAUCCAGUCGUUCAGUUUGUCGCGGACCAUUUGAGCGUCUCUAUCAACACGGAUGCUCCUCUUAUGACCGGUCGAUGGCUNNUUCGAGACGAAUACAGAUAUUGUACUGCUCAACUGGGCUUGUCAACUCGCGACUUGGAGCUGUGCAAUUUGUAUGCAGCCAAAGCAGCGUUUAUUGAUUCCGAAGAGGAACAGGCCGAAUUGAUUGAACACAUUCGAACUCGUUCAUAA